AUGGCCGCCCAUAAUCAUGGCACUCUCCAAAUAGGGAAAACUAUAUUCACCAUGGAGAUUGAGGAACAGAAGUUUCUUCCCUUCCUAGAUGUCCUAGUGCAUCGUAAUGAGGACGGAAGUCUUGGUCACCGAGUCUACCGAAAGCCUACACAUACCGACAGAUACCUCCAUGCCUUCUCACACCAUCACCAUUCUCAAAAGAACUCGGUGAUAAGCUCUCUUAUGUACCGAGCUCUCACUAUUUCCCAGCCUGAAUACCUGGAAGCCGAAGUUCAACACCUGGAUAAAGCAUUGAAUAACAAUGGAUACCAGAGUAAACAAGUCCACCGUAUUUUGCACAGACUGAAAAACAAGAACUCAGCUGAGAGUGAACCUGCUGAUAAAGUAGAACAUCAGAAAACGGCUGUUCUCCCGUAUCUUCAAGGUACGACCGAUCGCAUUAGCAAGGUACUACAGAAGCAUGCCAUCAGGACAAUUUUCAAACCACCAACGAAAAUUGGACAAAUGCUCCCCAGUACUAAGGAUCGGAGACCACCACUUAGUCUCCCAGGGGUGUACAAAAUCCCUUGCUUUUGUGGAAAAGUUUACAUUGGUGAAGCCGGGAAGAGGAUGAGUACACGGAUCAAAGAAUAUCAACGGUGUGCACAAAAUGGCCAUGUCUCGCAAUUUGCACUGGUUGAACAUUGGAUGGACACUGGACACUCUAUCCAAUAUGACAAGACAGAAAUGCUUGCCAGCUCACAAGGAUAUUUCGCCAGAAAACAUCGCGAAGAUCUCGAAAUCCAAAAACAUCCCAACAACCUCAAUAGGGAUCGAGGAUACCAAACCCCCUCCAGGGGUCAGGGGGUAUAUAAGGACUUCCUUACAACGGAGAGCUUCAGUAUCGGGGCAAACUAG